AGCAGGAUGACGCUGUCAGUGAAGGGAGGAGGAAGAGGAGGAGGGUCCUGUCCGCCGGCAGCAGCAUCGCACUGAGCCGCUCUCCAUCCCAUGUGCUGCAAAGGGAAGAAAAUGGGCUCACGUUCAGACAUGUGCUCCUAGAAUUUCUGCUCUGUUCGGCUUUCCUGUUUUAAAAAAAAAUAUAUAGCUGGUGAUAAGAAUACAUCAGCGGUCUGGAAGAGAAUUUAUCAAUCAAAAUGCUUCCCUGCUCACCAUCCGCGCAGAUGGAGGGAUGCGAGGAGGAGGAGGAGAAGGACGCGCACAUGCAAACAGAGUGCAACAGACUGACAGAGGAGAGAGACGAGGCCGAGAGACAACUCAAACACAUCAAGAGAGUGUCUCAGAUGGUGAUUGAGGAGGUGACUGUUCUGCAGACUCAGCUGGAGAUCGAGAAGUCGUGUCGGGAGAAUGCAGAGGCCCUGGCCACAAAGCUGAACUGUGAGAACAGGAAGCUGAAGUACCCGAGUCUGUCGUCGCGGCCGUGUUUGGACGAGCUGCUCCCCAGCAUCUCCGACUGCAUCGCACUGGAGGCCGACGCAGACGCAGCAGACACAGGAGACUGCAGCCCCGACGUCUUCACGCAGUACCAUCAGCAGGUUAAAGAGCUGAGGGAGACGGUGAACAGCUUGUUGGAGGAGAAGAAGAAUUUUGUCUGUCAGAUUCAUGACCAGCAGCAAAGGAUAGAAGAGCUGAUUACACAGUCAGAGAAAGAUCAGGCUGAGAUGAAGCAGCUUCGUGAAACAGUCGAGCAGCAAAGCAAAACCAUCAAGAGAUUUAACAGAGUCUCCAUGAUGGCAGCUCAGGAGUACGAGGGAAUGAAGGAGCAGCUUGACUUGGAGCAGAGCCUCCGAGUCAAAGCUGAAACUUAUGCACACGAGAUGCUGGUGAAGCAGAAGGAGGCCAACAGGCAGAGCAUGCUGCUGCUGCAGAGUGCUGAGCCCAGCGUUCAGCUGCUCAAAGCCCUCGAAGACGUUGCUGCCGUCACCAAAACCCUGGAGGAGGAGCGACUGCAGCAUCAGCAGAAGGUGCAGAGCCUGGAGGAACAGCUGGAGCAGAGCCGUGUGAAGACACAGCUGGAGGCUCUGCAGAGGCAGCUGGAGCUGUUGGAGGUGGACAAGAAGGAGGCGGAGGGACGACUGGAGCAGGCACUGAAGAAGAACGAGGAGCUGGAGGAAAGAGUUCACGAGCUCCAGGAGGCCCAGAAAAAAAUCGCCAUGACGACCAGCACAGACCCCCCUCCUCCUGCACCUGGGGUCGCGCCGCCUCCCGCCCCUCCUCCACAGCCGCCGCCACCCCCUCCUCCUCCUCCCCCUCCCCCUCCGCCUCCCCCUCGAUGUAACCCCCUCAGCUCUCUGAUAGCCAUCAUGAGGAAAUCUUCCAAAGGUUCCAAAGCCUCCGUGAAGGCCGAGCAGCCUCCUGCUGCUGCUGAAGGUGUGGAUGACGUGAAAGUGAAGGCGGUGAACGAGAUGAUGGAGCGCAUCAAACAUGGCGUCGUCCUGCGGCCCGUCAAGAGUCAGGACACCAAGAGGAUAGCAGUAAAACCGCCUCCAACCUGUGAGGAGAAACAGCAGGAGAGCGCCAUGGAGGAACUGAAAGGCAUCCUGGAGACGGUGAAGAGGAGCCCCAGCCGAGGCUCGCAGGAGUCGGGACCGUCACCUCCCGGAAAGAAGGACAGUGAGCUGGAGGUCAUCCUGAGACGCCGACGCAACAAGGCGGGCGAGGCCGGCUCAGGAGAUGAGGGCCAUAUGAGCCACGUCUCAUCUUCUGACAGCCUGAAUGGAAGGCGAACCAGCAGCGACUCCGGAAAAGAUCCAGAAGGGCCCGGCGGGCUGAGUGCCCCAUCUGACCCAGCAGGGCCCAGGCUUAGCCCGGAGAGACGGGGGUCGGGCCCGGGGCCGGUCGUAGCCCGGAGGAAGAGCUCGGACACGGGCAGGGAGAGGAGGUCCUGCAGCUCUCUGUCUGAGAAAGAAACAGCCGAGUCUCCAGUCAGCAAUGGCUGCAUCAACAGUGUCGAGGAGGAUCAAAUCAAGUCAAACGGAGUCGACCAUGCAGUGCCCGGUGAUGAUGCAGACGCCGCCCUCUCUGCCGGCUCAAUCAACGGCAGCGCAGACGCAGAGUGCUAGGAUGGACUCUGAGUAUCUUCGGUUUGUGUGUUAAUUGACAUAAGAGUGAUGAGAUCAGAUGAUUUGCAGAGUGUUUGCCUUUUGUUUACUGUGUCAGAUCAAAAAUGGAAACGUUGACUUUGUUGUA